GCAAAGUCGUAAAUAAACUCCAAAUCCGAGGGUAAUCAGUAUAUCCCUCCCCUCCACAGAUGACAGAACCGUAAAGCAUAAACCAAAUGGUAUCAACAAACAACCAAGUUCCAGAGAGAAAGAGAUAGAGAGAGACAGAGAGAGAUCUGAGUAAAAGCUUUAUAAGGUCGGGUCGGUAGAUCGAACCGUUCGACAUUCUCUUCAUCCCUCUGCCUCUGGUCUCGGAUUCUUACCGCCUUCUCUCUCUCUCCUCAGGUUGCUUAGUGUGGAGGGAAUCUAUGUUUGUUGAUCCUUUUCUCUCAUAAAGGUCAAACCUUUACAUGUAGUAGUUGAAGGGCAAUAGUGUUACAGAACCUCUCUGAGAGUGUAAGAACCUAUGGAAGAUUACUCUAAAUACACACACAGUCCUGCCCAUCUAGCUGUUGUCCUUCAUGACCACGCUGCUCUCAGACGAAUCGUCACCGACCUUCCCCAACUAGCCAAAGCCGGUGAAGUCACCAACGAGGCAGAGUCUUUAGAAGCUGAAGCACGUGCUGAUUCCGUAACCGCGGUGAUUGAUCGCCGUGAUGUCCCUAACCGUGAGACCCCUCUCCACCUCGCUGUUCGUCUCCGUGACCCCGUCUCUGCCGAGAUUCUCAUGUCUGCUGGAGCUGACUGGAGUCUGCAGAACGAGAACGGGUGGAGUGCUCUGCAGGAAGCUGUGUGCACUAGAGAGGAAGGCAUUGCUAUGAUCAUCGCCAGGCAUUACCAGCCUCUCGCUUGGGCUAAGUGGUGCAGGAGGCUCCCGAGGAUCACAGCUUCGGCUUCGAGGAUACGUGACUUCUACAUGGAGAUCACGUUUCAUUUCGAGAGCUCUGUGAUUCCUUUCGUCAGCAGGAUUGCUCCUUCUGAUACUUACAGGAUAUGGAAGCGCGGUUCGAACCUCCGCGCUGAUAUGACUCUAGCGGGUUUUGAUGGGUUCAAGAUCCAGAGAUCGGACCAGACUUUCCUUUUCUUGGGAGAUGGUUAUGCUUCUGAUGAUGGGAAGGUGGUGCUGUCUCCUGGUUCGUUGAUUGUUCUUUCUCAUAAGGAGAAGGAAGUGACGAACGCGUUGGAGGGAGCGGGAGCUCAGCCUACGGAGAGUGAAGUUGCUAGUGAGGUGAAGCAGAUGUCUCAGACUAACAUGUAUAGGCCUGGCAUUGAUGUGACGCAGGCUGAGUUGGUUCCUCAGAGUAACUGGAGACGGCAGGAGAGGACGGAGAGUGUUGGGAGCUGGAAAGCGAAAGUGUAUGACAUGAUGCAUGUGAUGGUGAGUGUGAAGUCGAGAAGCGUUCCCGGGGCGAUGAGUGAUGAGGAGCUCUUUGCUGUUGAUGGGGAUAGAAUGGCGGCGAAUGGGAGUGGUGAGAAUGAUGGUUUUGAGGAUGUGUUGACCUCUGAGGAGAGAAAACAGUUGGAUUCUGCUCUGCGGAUGGGGGAAGAUGAAGAGAAUGACGUUAAUGAGCAUCACCAUGAUGGUCCAAGUGGAGAAGCAAAUGGUGGUGCUUCUCUCAAGGAGAAGAAAGGCUGGUUUGGUUGGAAUAAGAAAGGCUCAAAACCUGGUUAUGAUGGUAGUGAAGAGACACCAACAACAAAGCUUAAGAAAGGCUCUAAGUCGGCACCAGAAGAGGGGAAAGGGAAAAGCCAGAGAACGUCAACAGUAUCUGAUAACACCACAAAGGACAACAAAGGCAGUGCCAAGAAGAAAAAGAGUGAAAGCGAGUACAAGAAAGGGUUAAGACCUGUGUUGUGGUUAACACCUGACUUCCCUCUUAAGACAGAAGAGCUUCUUCCUCUUCUUGACAUAUUAGCCAAUAAGGUCAAAGCAGUGAGGAGACUCAGAGAGCUUCUCACCACAAAACUUCCAACAGGGACAUUCCCUGUUAAGAUUGCUAUCCCCAUUAUUCCAACAGUCCGUGUUCUUGUCACUUUUACUAAGUUCGAAGAGCUCCAACCAUCUGAGGAAUUCUCAACGCCUCCUUCUAGUCCCGUUUUUCAUGAUGCAAAGUCAUCAGAUAAUUCGUCAUGGGUGUCAUGGAUGAAAGGUGCUCGUGGUGGAGGCCAGUCAAGUGACUACGAGAGUAACCGUUUCAGGGACGAUGAAGUGGACCCUUUCCUCAUACCAUCAGAUUACACAUGGGUAGACUCAGCUGAGAAGAAACGCAGGAUGAAAGCCAAGAAAGCUAGAAUCAGGAAGAACAAGAAGCACGGUGCUCCAAAACCUGGCUCCUCGAGUUCACGUUCCAAUCAAGAACCGGAUGCUUAAUUGCACAUCCUGAAGAAACAGGGUGUGAAACUUAGAUGAGAAGAGUUUGGUUGUGUUAUUGUUUGUAGUAUGCAAUCUUGUUUGUGAAAUUUUUUUUAAGUUAACAUGUUUUGCUAUAAGGAACAGCCAUUUUGCUCUGUUCAGUUAAUCUUCAAGUUUCACUUCACAUUA